AUGACAUUCGGGAUUAUAGUCACUGAAAUUCAUUCUUAUUCUAUGGCAGCCUCUCUCUCUCUCUCUCUCUCUCUCUCUCUCUCUCUCUCUCUCUCUCUCUCUCUCAACUUCUUUUUCAUUCCUUUUUCGUUUUAUCUUUACUCCUUCUUUUUCUAUGCCACUUUCUUUUUUUUUCUCUUUACGCCUCCCUAUUGUUACCUUAUCUUCCUGCUACAUUUUUCCCUCUUUCUUUUUCCUCUUUACACCGCCCUCUUUCUUCUUUCUCUAUCCGCUUCUUUUUUCUUUAUCCCUCCCUAUUGUUUCUUUAUCUUCCUGCUUCUUUUUCUCCUCCCUCUAUCUUUUUUCCUCUUUACUCUUCUCUCUUGCUUCUUUAUCUUCCCGCUUCUUUUUGUCCUUUUUUUCUUUCAUUUUACCCCUCCCUAUUGUUUCUUUAUCUUCCUGUUCUUUUUGUCCCCCAUUCUUUUUCCUCUUUACCCCUCCCUAUCCUUCUUUCUCUUUCCGCUUCUUUUUAUCCCACAUUCCUUUUUCUCUUUACCCCUCACUAUUGUUUCUUUAUCUUACUGCUUCUUUUUUCCUUCUUUCUUUUUUUCUCUUUACCCCUCCCACUUCCUUCUUUUUCUUCCCGCUUCUUUUUUUAUCACUCUUUCUUUAUUUUCCCUUUAUCCCACGUUAUCUCAUUUCCCGCUUUUUUAUCUUUUUACCCGUUUUACAAUUUUUUUUCUUUACCUCUCCCUAUUGCUUCUUUACCUCUCCCUAUUGCUUCUUUAA